AGUGGAUAGAGCGUCUGCCUGGAGGGUGGAUAGUCGGUGGUUCGAUCGUGACUGUUAUAAAGAUACUUUUUGUGUCCUUGCCUAGCGAUCAGCGUUAAGGGGAUAAAACAAGGAUAGAAGAGGCUGAGAGUCGAUGUGCGGUGUCGGACAGGGCGUCAGUGUGAAAAUUACGGCAUUGUGUAUCGAUCAUCUUGCACUGUAGAACCUGGUCGUUCCUCUUCCUAUCUAAGCAACGGAUGGCCAUAUAUGAUAAGGGGCCCUAUCCACAAAGCAUUCGUAGCACUACAUCAUAGGCUAAUGAUAUAGUAUGGAGUAUGAUAGGUCGUAACGUUACGAACACUUUGUGGAUCGAGACCCUGAUCGUAUGUUAAUUGUAGGAUCCCAGAGAGAAGGGAUUAAUGCAGGAUGAGAGAACAGUUUUCUAUGACAGAGAGCGACUGUACUUCAAAGAAUGCCUACGUUACCAUGGUUGUGGAUGACGUCACAGCUAUUGGUGCCAUGGUUCUUCAACAAUCUUUAAACAAUACACAGACCGAUCACUGCAUUGUUGCCAUGGUGACAGACUCAGUAUCUUGGCUAAUAAGAGAUAUGUUGGACGACCGUUUUCAUAAAGUCGUUGACAUUAAACCAGUCAAAGUAAAGAAAGGGGAUCAGCCCCCUUCGCCACUAUUCGGCAAAUUCCGGGCAUGGUCGUUUGAAGAAUACGACACGAUUGUCUACCUUCAUUCUGACACUUUGGUAUUGAGUAACGUGGACGAGUUGUUUCACUACCCAGAGUUAUCGGCCGUGGCGGAAGGGACUUGGACUGAUCACUUCAAUUCUGGGGUCAUGGUCAUUAAGCCGUCCGUUGAGAGAUUUAAGUCGCUUCGGAACAUGGCCAAAACGGAACAAAGCUUCGAUGACACGGAUCAAGGCACGUUGAACAUGUAUUUCUCGGUAUGGCAUCGACUGUCCUGUAUAUACAACACUGCAGGCGACUCACCAGAGACAGCUGUUGGGGCUUAUAACAGGUUCGGCCACAGAGUGAAGAUUGUACGUUUCAACACUGAAAUGAAGCCUUGGCUUGUGUCCUACAACCUGGAAGCUAAACAGACCGAGAUGUACGCUGGGGAACUCGGCCUCAUCCCUGUCCCCAGACCCUUCUAUGAGCGAUGGUGGCGGGUGUUCAUGGCAUCAGUCAGGCCGCACCUUGACAAGGUUCUUAGAAAUCACAACAUGGCAAUCGUUCAGGAUGGACCUCGGAUAUUUUUAGGUGAUCGCUACACGGGUCUUCAUGUCCAAGCGAACUUCUUCGUAUUGCAUGACAAGUCGUACCCCAAGUUCCUCAAUGUUCAAGGCAAGGCGAUCAACAACCAGUAUUGUACCAAGUUAGACGUCUUCUUCUUUGACCAGGGCGCUUUCGAUGUCAGAGGAUAGUCCCAAAUAAAUUUGUAUUUCAUUUCGUACACAUUUUAAUUCAAAUUUAUAUGUUCAACAUCUCUGAGCUGAGCAGAAUUAUGAUUUAUUAUUAUAAGACAUUGCACAAGUUUCAACUUAAAACGUCCUGAAGACUUGAGGCUUUACAUGGAUUUUAGAUUGUGAGAGUAACAUUUGUUACAGGUAGUGCAGAACAUGCUUACCCUUUUCACGACUUUCCGUGAUCCAUUCAUAUAAUUUCUUUUUUUAUAUAUUUUGCUAUUUUUUAAAUUCUGAUUUGACGCCUUUUCGAUACCAGUUGUUCUCUUGCGAAAACACAUAUACUAUAUCAGAUGUCAGUUAAUGUUGAUUUCAUUAUACGGGUAUCUCGUGUAUUGUGGUUUCCACAAAAUGAACUGCGGGAUGACCCAAGGAAAGUUUUGCUGAUAACUGUGCAUGUUGCUAAACGAAAAGGUGAAUGUACGAUUAGGAAAUCAAAAUCCCUUUAUAGUUCAGCCUGCAACAUAAGCUAUCUUCAUUACACAUGAUCUUUGUACAGAUCCAAGGCACAUGUUUUGUACAUGUUUUCCCAGUUGUUUCCUCGUGUUUAAAACCUAAAAAUCUCAAGAACAGAUGAGGUGAAAUCAGUCACCUACCUUGCCAUUGUUGAGAGAAUAUGAGAUCGUCUAUACCUGAAACUGACUUGAACAUUUUUUUGUAAAGGGCCCUUUUUUGGCUUGGCUAAACAGUUAGUGAGUUAGUUGAAAGGUAACGUCGUAUCGGCCUUAUUUCAGCCAUAUAGCACGAGACCAAGUUUAUACUUGUAAUGAAAAACUUUAUGAAAAAAGAGAAAGACCAACCAAACAGAAUUUCUUAAACAAAGCAAUAACUAAGUUAGAAACUGAUGGUGGAUAUUAUCUACUAUUUUCAAACUUUAUAUACCAGUAAACAUGUCACAGAUGUCGAUCUAGAAUUCUUAUUCAAUGAUAGUGAAUACAUAGAUUAUCUGACAACAACGCUCAUGCUCUUGAAGGGGAAUUGCAAUACGAUGACAAAUGUGAACAAUGAAAAAAGCCCUGGUCCAUCUGGUUUUACAGCUGAAUUCUAUAAAUUAUUUUGGAAGGAUAUCAAUAAAUACAUAAUCAAUUCUUUAAAUGAAGCAUAUAGGAGGGGUCAAAAACGAGGUCUCAUAACAUGCAUCCCGAAAAGAGAUAAAUCUAAGGAACAUUUGAAAAUGUUCAGACCUAUUUCAC